CAACUUCCGCAAACCAAAACAACAAUGAGGAACUCGCUCGAUACCGAAUUAUUGAACGGCUAAACAUGUUUUCAAAGCACACAACCCUUUACUUACGAAUCUCAGAAGCAAAGAACUUGCUGUCGAAAGACCUAAAUGGCAAAAGUGAUCCUUACUGUGUGUUAAAAGUUGAUAAUGAAGUCAUAGCCAGGACAGUGACCGUGUACAAGAGCUUGGAGCCUCUGUGGGGGGAGGAAUUCACCCUUCACAUGCCCUGUGGCUUCCGUGACCUUGCAAUCUACGUCUACGAUGAGGACAGAGUCAGUGGUGAUGACAUCAUCGGCACAAUCUCCAUCACGAAGCAAAUGAUCCAUGAGCAGAGGACAUCUAAUGGACUAGAACGAUGGUUCCCCUUGCUGAAAGCCAACAAGGACCUGGAGAUUCAGGGAGAAAUCCUCCUGGAAUACGGAAUACGAUCCUCCGAGAACAUGUCCAGCAGUCAUCUCGUUCUCACAGUGGUGGAGGGCAGAGACUUAGCUCCAAAAGACAAGACUGGUUACUCCGAUCCAUACAUCACCAUUGAAUGCCUUGACCAAAGUAAAACUACCUCAAGUCAGAAGAAGACUAGAUUCCCCGAAUGGCACGAGACUUUCACCUUCCUGCUUCCAUCAGCAGACGUUGACUUCACCGUCACGAUCACCGUCAUGGACAAAGACCGUAUUCGCAGUGACGAUUUCAUGGGAAGGAUCCAUCUCCGAGCAGAUGACGUUCCCGAGGGCAGUUCCACCAGGAAGUGGCACUCAGUGGCUCACAAGACCCUCACGGCAACUGAGAUACGCAGAUGCAGUAAGAUCGAUCGUGGCAAGUUACGUCUGAAGCUGCAGCUGCUGGAGGAGCUGGUGCUGCCUUCGUCCUGCUACCAUCCCGUCACAGAUCUGCUGUUCCAGGCCAUCAAACUAGAGAACUGUGAACUAGGUUUGUACAUAUGGCGCACUCUGGCAAAGAACAGGACUCUAGAGCUCAGCGAGGUUGCAGGAUCACUCAUCCGAUUUUCACUCAGCCAUGAUGUAGUGGUUGACUUCCUCGACCGAGUGACACGAAUGGAUGUGGAGGACACAGCCAAUCCAAACACCUUGUUCAGGGGGAACACUCUAGCUACCAAGUCUAUGGACCAGUUUAUGAAGAUCGUAGGAAUGCCAUACCUGCAUCACACUCUGUCCAAUGAGAUUGACCGGAUCUUCAGUGAGAAGAAGACUGUGGAACUGGACCCUCAUAGGGUCAACAGUGUCAGAAGACGACACAGUAUUCACCGCGAGUCGGAGGAGAACAUCCUCCAGUCUAGUCAGGAGGUGCUGGAGGGCUACAUGGGGGACAUCAUGGAGCGCAUCAUCCACUCCGCCCGCGACUGCCCCCACAUCAUGAGGAUGGUGUUCCGCAACCUCCAGAUGACCGUCAGGAAGAAGUGGCCCGAGACAGAGUACGAGGACAUUCCAUACCUGGCUGUAAGCGGCUUCCUCUUUCUCCGGUUCUUCGCUCCAGCCAUCUUGUCCCCGAAGUUGUUCUCCCUCCACCCAAUACAUGCCAACAGGAAGAUCAGUCGAACCCUCACCCUGCUGGCGAAGCUGACCCAGAGCAUGGGGAACCUGAACGUCCAGGGCAAGGAGACCUGGCUGGAGCCCCUAGCACCACUCAUACAUACUUACGUUGGCUGUGUCAGAGAGUUUAUUGACGACCUGGUCACAGUAUUUGAUUCUGACAAGAACCACCGAUGUUCAGGCCUGUCCCCGACCCACCAGAAGGAUGAAGUGAUACUGAGGCAUGGUGUGCUACUGAAGUGCCGCUACAAGACCAAGUCCUGGCUGCGACCCCUUGUCUUCAAGAAGUGCAACUUCUGGCUCACUCGAACCACCUUGUCUUACACCAAGUCACAGUCAGAAGAGGCAAGGAAGGUGAUCCCCGUGUCCCAGGUGUGUGCAGUAGAGAAGCUGGACUAUGGAGCCCUCAGCAAGUCUAACAUGGGCCAGAUCCUCAUCCGUGACCCCGAGGACACCAACAACCUGGACUACGGCAUCCUCUACUUUCAGGCCAAGGAUGUGAAUGAGCUGACAUCCUGGAUGUCGGCCAUCAGGAAGACAUGUCAGUUUAACCAGUGCCGAGUUGAAGCCUACCACCCCGGGGUUUACAAGGGAGAGAAGUGGAGCUGCUGCCACAGGCCACUACCUACAGCAACUGGGUGUAGUCAGACAUAUCACGGAGUGAUGUUGGGAGACUGGCAGGAUCCCCUGGACCCUCGGCUGGAGACACAGAUCAUCUUCUCACAGCUCCUCAACAGCAGGGACAACCUCAGAAAGGAGCAGAUCGAGCUUCAGCUGGAGUUGACCAGACGGGGGGCAGAGGGCUCUGAGAAUUACGUCACCAGCCAGGGUCAACCCAUAGACAAAAAGUUGAAAACAAUUGGUCAAAUCCUGGAUGUUAUUGAACAGCUGACAAUGUCCCACGAGACAUUUAGUGAAAUGCCGGAGCUCCAUCACUAGGAUUGUGUACUUGAAACAUUCCAGAUGAGUCACAUUCCUGAAACAUGUCCGAACAGCAGCUGUAUUCCUGAACUAAGGAAUACAUGAAACAUAUCAAAACAACAAUUGUACAAGAUGUACAAAAAAGCCAAUACUGACAUGUCCCGAAGAAGAUUGUAUGUCUGAAACAUGUCAAAAAUACAAUUGUGAUUGCGAAUCAUGGUCCAAUCAUAAUUGUAUACAUGACACAUGUCCCACUAACACUUGUAUUUCAAAAAACUAUUAAAACAACAUUUGUAUUCCUUCAAUGUCAAAGAAUGAAAAUGUCAAAGCACUGUUAUUCCUCAGUGUUAUUGGUAAAUGUCAAUGUUACUGGGACAAUUGCAAUUUACCACACCUACAUGAUAAGAAGAUCAGCUUGAUCUUAAUCACUAGGACAAGCUCAGAUGGAACUUAGCUUCAUCACUAGGACAAGCUGUAUGGACCACAGCUUCAUCACUAUGACAUGCUCAGAUGGACCAUAGCUUCAUCACUACGACAUGCUCAGAUGGACCAGAGUUUCAUCACUAGGAUAUACUCAGAUGGACCACAGCUUCAUCAGUAAGACAAGCUCAGAUGGACCACAUCUUCAUCACUAGGACAUGCUCAGAUGGACCAAAGUUUUAUCUCUAAGACAAGCUCAGAUGGACCACAGCUUCAUCAGUAGCACAAGCUCAGAUGGACCACAGCUUCAUCACUAGGACAAGCUCAGAUGGACCACAGCUUCAUCAGUAGCACAAGCUCAGAUGGACCACAGCUUCAUCAGUAAGACAAGCUCAGAUGGACCACAUCUUCAUCACUAGGACAUGCUCAGAUGGACCAAAGUUUUAUCUCUAAGACAAGCUCAGAUGGACCACAGCUUCAUCAGUAGCACAAGCUCAGAUGGACCACAGCUUCAUCAGUAAGACAAGCUCAGAUGGACCAAAGCUUCAUCACUAGGACAAGCUCAGAUGGACCCAUUCUUCAUCAGUAAGACAAGCUCAGAUGGACCGACGCUUCAUUAACAGCACUAGCUCAGAUUGGCCAGAGUUUCAUGACUAGGAUAAGCUCAUAUGACCACAGCUUCACCACUAGGACAAGCUCAGAUGGACUGGCCUUUUCACAUGAACAAUCUCAGCUGUAAUGUCCGCUGACAUCGACUGCAAGUCAUUCAAGAAGUCAAAAAACACUCAGAAUGUCCACUCCGUCAACAUUCUGACAUGAAAGUUUAACUUUCUUAGAAUACUUUCUCCAUGUAACUGUGAUGAACCUGCCUCAUAGACAAUCUAUUUACUCCUACUUGACUUUUAGAUCUUAUAGGUGCAGCUAACACUUGGUGUUCUUUCACCACAUUCCAGAUGCCGAUCCUGUCUUAUUGACGGGGGUACACACAUCGACCAUGUCGCUUGUUCAACAAGAAGUGUGUUCAGCGAACUUUGUCAAUUCAAUAUAUCUCUGUUGAUAGGGGUACUCACAUCGACUAUGUCGCCCAUUCCACAAGAAAUGUGUUCAGCGAACUUUGUCAAUUUAUAUAUAUCAGUAUCUCUUUAUUUUUGACAUUUUGAGAUUUUUAAUCUGUGCUAUUUUCCAUGUCAAAGUUUUUUGUCUUUUAUAUUGCAAUAUUUUAGAAAUGUAAAUCGUCUCAGUGUAGCUUAAACUGCAGCGUUCUGAUCCUUGGUUUAGUAGAGGAUUGUUUCACAGACGGUUCCGAGAAACAGCUACUUACUUGGAAAUAUUUUAUAAUAUUGUUUAUGUUGUCAAAAAGUCAAAUGCCCUAUACCUUAAAAUACUCAUAUGGCGAUGCAUGACAUAAUAUUCAAUUAUACAGUCCACUGUGAAUUUGUGAACAUUGUUUAGAAGUUAAUUGUUCCAAUAUUAUACCAGCCUUUGUGAAUUUGUGAACAUCAUAUAGAGGUUAAUUGUUUCCAUAUUACACAGACCUUUGUGAAUUUCUUGAACGUCGUUUACAGAUAAAUUGUUUCCAUAUCAUAGUGACCUAUGUUAAUUUGUAAAUUGUUUCCAUAUCAUAGUGACCUAUGUUAAUUUGUAAAUUGUUUCCAUAUCAUAGUGACCUAUGUUAAUUUGUAAAUUGUUUCAAUAUCAAAGUGACCUAUGUUAAUUUGUGAACGUCGUGUAGAGAUUAAUUGUUUCCAUAUUACACAUGCCACUGUGAAUGAGAGAACAUCGUGUAGAGGUGAAAUGUUUCAAUAUUCUACUGGCCUUUGUGAAUUUCUUUCAUGUGUAGGUCAUUUGUUUCAAACAGUCAUGCUUUUGUGAACAUCAUUUAGCAAUUAUUUGUUUCAAUUAUAUUGGCCUUUUUUAAUUUUAGCAAAACCAUUGAGGAAUUAUCUGUUUCAGUGACACAAGGCCUUAGUGAAUUUUAUCAACAUCAUUCAGAGAUAGUAAAAUAUGUAUGAUUGAAGUUUACUGGCCAACUUGAACUUUGUAAAAAUUAUAAGGUGCAAAGUGGUUAUGUUGUAUGCACAAAGGGAAUGUUGUUAUGUAUUAUCUGCAUGGAUAUUUGUGGCUCUCAUGACAGUUGCAGAAAAUAGUAUCAAAGGGUUUUCUUAUGUCAGGCUAAAAUAAUAUUACACUUGGUUCACAGGCACUGCCCGUAUCAUCAGAAUGUUUGCAGCACGUUUUGUUUUUAUUUCCAUUUAAAAAAAGAUCCCAAUUCUUGAAAACAAUAUGAUCCAAUAGAGCAUGGGCGGAUACAGCUUUUUUGAAAAGGGGGUGCACAAUUAAGAUCUAUUUAAUGUCUUUGGUGGUAUUUUAUACAGAAACAAAGAUUUUUUUCGAAAUAAAAAGGGGCGGUGCGCACCCCCGCACCCCCCUUCUGUAUCCGCCCAUGUAGAGCAUGCAGUUACUUUCCUGUACAUGGGCACUGCUUUACUGUGCAUCUCACGUGAUGGCGGGGCCACGGGUGGCCCAGUCGUCUAAGGCGCCGCGAUUUGAUGUGCAGAGUUGUGUCCCUUGGGUA